AUGUCUUUCACUGGAAGGCUGGCCCUGGUUACGGCAGGCGCCAGUGGCAUCGGUGAGACAGUCUGCAGCACCCUCGCCGCCGAAGGCAGCAUCAUAGUGGUCGCCGACAGGCAGUUACAUGCAGCAAAGAAGUUUGCAGAGUCUUUACCAGGUGACGUCAAGAGCCGUUCAUAUUACGUGGACGUUGGUGAUUCUUCGUCAGUGGAGCAGCUCUUCAGUGACAUUCGGAACACAUUCUCCGAACCGCUCAGCAUGGUCGUCAACUCUGCCGGAAUUUCGUGCAAGUGUUCCUUCAUCGACUGCCAUGAUGAAACCUUCGAUGACGUCAUCGGGGUAAAUCUCAAGGCGGCCCUGGAGGAACAAAUGCCUGGAGUGACGAUCAGCACAAGCACAGUUGAUCGCUUGCUGGACGCCUAUUCGGUGAAGCUGGUGACGCAGAGGCUCGCAGACCGCAACCGUGACGACGUCAAGCACAGCCGUAAGCUGUACGCCCAGUGGCUGCAGUUCGAUGGACCACGUGUGUGA